AUGAUGCGGCAGAGCAUGUUGCGUUCGUUGGCCCGCUCGCCCGCAGCCCAGGCGGCCAGGGCCAAUGCCUCCCACAGUGCAGCGCGCACCUUUGCCACGAGCGCAAGACGGCAGGCCGAGGUCGAGCUGACUGUGGAUGGCAAGAAGGUCUCGAUUGAAGGUAUGCUGGAUGACGCCGUGGAGGGCGAGCAAGAGCAAUACUGACCAUGUUGGGACAGCUGGAUCCGCGCUCAUCCAAGCAUGCGAGAAAGCCGGUGUUACGAUCCCGCGUUACUGCUACCACGAGAAGCUCAUGAUUGCGGGAAACUGCAGAAUGUGUCUGGUCGAAGUUGAGCGCGCACCGAAGCCAGUGGCCUCGUGUGCCUGGCCGGUACAGCCUGGCAUGGUGGUGAAGACGAACAGCUCGCUCACACACAAGGCAAGAGAAGGCGUAAUGGAAUUCCUUUUGGCAAAUCACCCGCUAGACUGCCCCAUCUGCGAUCAGGGUGGCGAGUGCGACUUGCAAGAUCAGAGCAUGAGAUAUGGCGCAGACAGAGGGCGAUUCCACGAGCUGGAGGGCAAGAGAGCAGUUGAGGACAAGAACAUUGGACCUUUGGUCAAGGUGUGUUUCUUCGGCCUGUAGAAAACAAGUGCGGCUUGACUGACAUGUCCAGACCUCCAUGAACCGCUGCAUUCACUGCACACGAUGUGUCCGUUUCGCAAACGAUGUCGCUGGUGCACCUGAGCUGGGCAGUACUGGCCGUGGCAACGACCUCCAGAUCGGCACAUACCUUGAAACCGCUCUCGACACCGAAUUGUCCGGAAAUGUCAUCGAUCUCUGCCCCGUUGGCGCUUUGACAUCAAAGCCAUAUGCCUUCCGCGCCCGUCCUUGGGAACUUCAACACACUGAAACCGUUGAUGUAAUGAACGGCCUGGGAAGCAACAUCCGUGUCGAUGCUCGAGGCCUUCAGGUCAUGCGUAUCCUGCCAAGGCUUAACGACGAUGUCAACGAGGAAUGGAUCGAUGACCGAAGUCGCUUUGCUUGCGAUGGUCUCAGCACACAACGUCUUACCACGCCACUCAUCCGAAGGGAUAACCAGUUCCAGCCAGCCACUUGGGAGAACGUUUUGGUGGAGAUCAGCGAGAAGUUCAAGGAGCUUGCACCAAAGGGUGACGAGGUCAAAUUCGUCGCUGGUGAGCUUGUCGAGGCUGAGACUCUUGUUGCUGCAAAGGACCUCGCAAACCGUCUUGGAUCUGAGAACCUGGCUUUGGACUUCCCUCAAGGAUCCGCACCUCUGGCACACGGCACGGACGUUCGCUCCAACUACUCUUUCAACUCUCACAUAGUCGGUGUCGAGGCUGCCGACACAAUUCUUCUUGUCGGCACUAACCCAAGAUGGGAAGCCUCAGUUCUUAACGCCAGAAUAAGGAAGCAGUGGCUCCGCUCUGACCUCGAAGUCGGACUUGUUGGCCCAGACUUCGAGUCUACCUUCGACUACGAGAACCUUGGAUCCAGUGCGAACGACCUUAAGUCUGCGCUCAAGGGAGCAUGGGGCGACAAGCUGAAAUCCUCCAAGAAGCCAAUGAUCAUUGUCGGCUCUGGUGCUGUUGAGCACCCAGAUGCCAAGGCCAUCUACGAGACUGUCGGCUCGUUCGUCGAGCAGAACAAGGCCAACUUCUUGACCGAGGAGUGGAACGGCUACAACGUCCUCCAACGCGCAGCCUCCCGAGCGGGCGCGUUCGAGGUCGGCUUCUCCGUGCAGAGCCCUGAAACUGCGAAGACCAAGCCUAAGGUCAUCUGGCUGCUGGGGGCCGAUGAAAUUGAACCCUCUGACAUUCCGAAGGAUGCUUUCGUUAUUUACCAGGGUCACCACGGUGACAAGGGUGCCGCGCUCGCCGACGUGGUCCUCCCCGGAGCUUCUUACACCGAGAAGGGUGUCACUUACGUGAACACUGAGGGCCGUGUGCAGAUAACGCGUGCUGCUACAUCGGUAUACGGUGCUGCUCGCGACGACUGGAAGAUCGUACGUGCCGUUUCAGAGGCACUCGGGGUACCGCUUCCGUAUGACGAUGUUGAAGCACUCCGCGAUCGCAUGGAGGAAGUUUCCCCUGCUCUUCGACGGUACGACAUUGUCGAGCCACCGUCAAAGGAGGCUCAAGCACUCAGCAAGGUCCAACUUGUUGAACAGAACAAGGGCGCACAAAUCACUGGCUCGCCUCUACGAAAGGUCAUCGAGAACUUCUACUUCACAAACGCCGUCACAAGAUCAUCGCCUACGAUGGCAAGAUGUUCAGCAGCAAAGGCUGCCAAGGACCCCCACACCAACUUCAUGGCACCUGGUGAGCCUGAUCCACAGGUCGAAUAUGGCCCACCUCAAUUAGCUGGUGCGAGUGCAUAG